CUUUUAUUCUCAACCAUACUCAUCCCCAAACCAACAAAGCAUAAUUAGAAUCUAUAGUAUCAGUCCACAGAUCUGCACUCCAAUUUCCAAACCCUAGCCCUAACCCUAGUUUUCAGAAGAAGAAUUCUCCAUGGCCACCAUCGAAGAUCCAGUUCUACCCGUCGAGUCAGAGCUUGAGCCGCCGACCAUCGAGGAGGCUGUUAACGAAGAAAACCCUACGCCCAAAUCGAAGAAGGCCGCCGCUGAAAAGGUGCCCAAGGCGAAGAAAGUUGCUGCCCCUAGAAAGCGUGGCUCGGCCGCUCACCCUACUUACUUUGAGAUGAUUAAGGAUGCGAUCGUGAAGCUGAGCGAUCGGACUGGAUCGAGUCAGUACGCGAUUGCGAAGGUGAUUGAGGAUAAGCAGAAGAAUCUGGCACCGAAUUUUAAAAAGAUUUUGCUCGUUCAAUUGAAGAAGCUUGUUGCCAAUGGAAAGCUCAACAAAUUGAAGAAUUCGUACAAGCUCCCACCGGUUCGUUCAUCCAAACCGGCUGCCGCUUCUGCGCCGGCUAAGAAGAAGUCAGUUCCGGCUGCGAAGCCAAAAGCAAACCCUAAGACUGCCGCCGCUUCAAAGCCGAAGGCGAAGGCAAAGGCUAAUUCUCCUGCUGUGAAGGCGAAGCCAGCUGUCAAGGCAGCCAAGCCUGCUGCAAAGGCGGCCAAGCCAGCUGCUAAAGCCAAGCCGGCUGCCAAAGCUAAGCCUGCUGCUAAACCGAAGGCUGUUGCUCCUGUGAAGGCGAAGGCUGCGCCAAAGAGGAAGGCUCCGGAGAAGUCAGUGGCUGAGAAGAAACCAGCGGCAAAGGCGCAAAGGACGUCGACGAGGUCAACUCCUAGCAAGAGGGCAGCGGCGGCUGCUGCAAAGAAAGCUCCGGUGCUGAAGAAGGCGACGCCGGUGAAGAAGGCUCCUUCCAGGACCGUCAAGUCGAAGACGGUGAAGUCUCCGGCGAAGAAGGGAAAGAAGUAAAAAUUGUUGGAGGGGUAGUUUGGGAAAUGUCAUGUUGUUAGGGACAGUUAUGUAAUUAGUGAAGGGUCUUUGCACUUUUGAUGUGUGUAGACUGUAGUUGCUUUUUGAUGCCUAUAGAGUAUUAUAGAAUCGUAUUCCUUUUUUGUCCCUAUUUUGACCUUUUAAUACAAUCUUAGUUUUUUCUUA